UUUUAUUGACCUGAAAAUUAUAGUUACGUCAAAGUUGAUCGUCGAGUGACGCGACGAAGAAAUUGACAAACAACGCGCGUGUGCAAUAUAUGCGAUCCUUUUCACGGAAGCGGCGUAUGCGUUUUCAAAAUACGCACGAUUCAACGGGGAAUUUGCCAGAUUGAAUAGUCGCGUCGCGACUAUUUAUACAAAUGAAAACGAUGUACAGAUCAUCGCAUGUCAACAUCAAUUAUUUGAAUCUAGGGAUAGACCUUUGUCUUUUUUCACUCCGAAUGUAAAAUAUAUCCGCGGUAUUCGCGUCAGAGUAUCGAGUUAUGAUCACCCUUCAUCUACCCCUGUCAAUGAUGCAACUGAUGCAUCGUUAUUAUGCCAUUACUUUUGCAGCAUUUGGCGUCAGGGAUAAUGCAUUUUAGACAUUUGUAAAUGUUUACCUAAUAUAAUUCAUGUCGGAUACGCGGUCAUUUCGCUUCUUGCACAUGUCAGCGUUGCAUGGGCAAACAUGUUAUUUUAUAUGGGGAUUAAAAUUUGGAAUUUGUACAAUUACUAUGUUUAUAUAUAGAACGCCGGAUACUCUUCAUAUUUCCAAUAUAAAAAAUCGCACGAUUUUAUCUCUGAAAUAUUACAAAGUUGAUUUUGCACUCAAUGUACAAGAAACGCUUAGGAUAAUUAUCUUAUUUUGAAAGCACUGCGGAAAAAUCUGGAGACUUCAAUAGCAAUAAUUAAGUCUCUUCAUUAUUAUUGAAUUUUUGAGACACGUGAAAAUGAAUUGUGAAACUUCACUUUAACUUCAAAUUUUCACUUCUAAGGAUUUUAUGGACUUUUUUAAAUUACAGGCUACAUUAAGAGAAAACUGUUGAGAAAUUAAAAUAUCACGCACAAAAAGAGAUUUCUUCAGAUUUUGCUGCAUUAAAAUUUGUAUGGAAUUUUCAUGGAAUUCACCCUUAAUAUCUCAUUUCGUACACACAUUAUAUAGCUGCGAUUCAUUCGGUAAAUAAAAUUUCAUACCUGUUUACUCUUUCUUUAUGGGCUCGACAAGCUGAAAUAAGUUCAAAGAAACUCUUAAAGUAAACGGUGCGUCUUUGUGCCGCGUCGUGACGAGCGUCGUCUAAACAAAGAGAAAGAAAAUAUAGUUGAUGAGAUUGCUGCCGAGAUGGAUGACAGCAUCCGCAGCUGCGAACACGCGAAAAUUCGAGGCGGAUCGUGAGAAAGAGGAUCGCGGAGAGAGCCAUGCUGAAAAAUUCGUUCAAGUCGGCGAUGGCUUCGACCGAGUUGUCAAUGUCAACGAGCAGCCCUGGCCCUGGCAGCCCCCUGGGCUUCGAGACCACGCCUAGGCCGCGCAAGAAGCUCUCCUUCAAAGAGCCGGAGAUCUUCAACUACUUGAAAAUGCGUAAGCCUUCGAUGCGGCCCAAGAUGUUACAUGCGCAAAACAGCGUCGAUCUCAGCUUUGACGAGAAUCCUUUCGAGGAGGAGAACGAGGAUCUCGACGAGCUCGAGAGUCAAGCUAUGAGGGUGGUCAGAACGGUCGGGCAGGCUUUCGAAGUGUGCCAUAAACUAAGUAUAAAUAAUACCACGGAGGAUCGUGAUCCUCGAGGAGACAAGGACGGGGAGAGCCACGGUGAGAAUUACCACGGUGAUGUUUACGAGGACCAAGACGAAAUUCCCAACGAGCAAUCCCAGCCCUCUCCGCCACCGGUACAUAAAGACAUAUCAUUAUUGGGGGAUACUGAAGAUUCGGUUCCCGAGCAAACGUCCGUUACCUGUCUACUUCGAUCGCACGACGGCCCGGCGACAACGACCUCUACCUCACCGAUCAGACAGUCGCCAUCGGGCACGGUAACUUCCGAGUGCGGAGGUUUAUUGGUUGGUGGCGAAUUAACAGCCCUAAAGCACGAAAUACAGCUCCUACGUGAACGUUUGGAGCAACAGAGUCAACAAACCAGAGCUGCCGUUGCCCAUGCGCGACUUCUUCAAGAUCAACUUGCGGCGGAAACGGCAGCGCGCGUCGAAGCUCAGGCGAGGACACACCAACUUCUAGUGCAAAAUAAGGAAUUGCUAGAACAUAUAAGCGCGCUGGUGAGUCACCUGAGGGAACAGGAACGUGUUUCCGGUGGUCACGUCACCUCGCAGUCGCAAAUACCGAGUACGCCCGCGUCCAUGCAACAGAAUGCGGCGGCUCCCGAUCUGUCGAGCCUCGGCCAGUGUCAACGGACCGGAGGUCAGAGCUCACCAUGGGAGCUGGAUCCACCGACCUUUCCUUACUGCUCGUAUCUGCCGGAUACGCUCUAUUCCGGCGGUCUCAACGCCAUGGGUAUUCAGGGUAAUAACGCUACCACGGAUCAAUUGCAGUUCCAAACACAGCUAUUGGAAAGGCUGCACAACCUAAGUCCGUUUCAGCCACAAAGAUCGCCCUACAAUACACCGUCGCCGUACGCGAUGGGUCCGAGUCUGCUUUUACCUCCGUGCGGUGGACCAACGAAUUCAGCCCAAUUGUCUCCAAAUUCAGCGUCCUUGCGGGUCUCUCAACCAAACAGCUUCUCCUCAUCGCCAAUCAUGACUCACAAACUCGACAACUACGGAACAGAUAAUUCAGACGCGCAUCAACAUUUCAUAAAACCGUUGCCGUGUACCAACGAUAGGAACUUAACUCAUUCGAUGACCGAUAUUAAAAUCAAACAGGAACGUUCGAAUCCGCAGGAUUCCAUCGACAUACCUCCGAUAAUCCUGGAUCCUCCGCCGCAGGGCAGGCGCGUAGACAGUACGGCCAAGAAAGCGAGUCCGAAGCAGAGUUCGAUGACUCAGAGCACGCACGAUAACAAGAAUAACCCCCCGAAAAGUCUGGCGACCAUCCUGCGAACUUCGGGUCCACCGCCUUCUCGCACGACGAGUGCUCGAUUACCCUCGCGCAACGAUCUGAUGAGCGAGGUGCAGCGAACAACAUGGGCUCGUCACACGACCAAGUGACCGGAAACUAUAUGAUACAAUAAUGAGUUGAUAACCUUUGCCCCGACAAAGAUUACGUUAUCCACAUAUAUCCCGUUAGAUAUAAAUGAUGAAGAAAUUAUAUGCGCGGUUCGAGGACCUUUGAUUUAAACGGAUAUAACAGGGUUUGCAUUUUUCCUUCUCGAUCGCUCAAACUCGAAUUUCGAAUAAUAUAUCUCUAGAAUGUAAAGUCUAUAAUUUUCCAAUGCUUGAAAUUGGAUCUUAGAAAAACAUCCGAAUAAAUUUUGUUAAAUAAAAUUUGUUAUUAAUAAAAAUUUUGAGAAAAGGACUUUUACCAAUAGAUCACACAAACAUCAUUCAAUAUAGUCAAUAAAUCAUUGUAGUAGAUUCCUACGACAAACGUGUAAAAAUCGCGAUUUCAACAGAUCGUACAUUUAUCUAUUGUAUCUUACGGAAGUAACAUCUGUGGAGUGUUUAUAAAAAUUGAAAUGAUAGUCGCGUUCGAGAAAUUUAGAGGAUUUAUAUCACGCAUGUCUCCCAUGCGUAUCCAAAGGGACGAAUCGUGAAUACAUAUCGAUACGCAUCGAUUUGUACAUUUACUCGUGUCGCGACAUAUAUAUAUAGCGUACUACCGUGUAUGAGAAUUGUCAUCUAGCGGACAAAUCUGUGCCAAAAGUACCAAUUGUCGAGAGAAUUUAUUUUCAGUAUAUUUUUAAGUAAUGUAAAUAAAAAAAGGAGAGAUACGCGCGUGAUCUCUCACAGA